UCUGGUAUCGUAUUGCACUAAUAGGAUUUGCCAGCAGCCUGACACUGUUCUGGGAGACGUUCAGGCGACAAAUUAAGUUUUAGGCCUACAGACUUAUCAAUAAUGACUGGAAGGUGCUGACCCCUGCAUUACAAAGCAGGUAAUUUGCACUAGACUAGAGCGACGUCUGGGAAAUAUUAAAACUGUUAAAUUGUUUGUAGCGACUCGCGCAACUCUUAUUUUCUAUCAGGCGCAUAUAUAGACAGCUCCGGAUCUGGGGCUGAUGGAGACGCAGGCGCCUUGCGCGCAGCUGACAAGCAGACCGCAGCUAACAGAGUGACUGAAUGGAAACAUGCGGUGGUUAAUGUUUACUACUCUGAGUACGAGGCACCUGUGGCCAAAUCUUCUCUCGAAAUCGGUCGACAGAACGCCGCUGCAGCGCAUAUUUUCUGCUAAAAUGACCAUGGACACCCACUGGCUGACCCCAGCAGAGCGAGAGCAGCAGCUGCUGGAGCUAAAGGCCACAGGUUGGGUGGAGAUGGAGGAGAGAGACGCCAUCUACAAGGAGCUCACCUUCAAGACCUUUAACCAGGCAUUUGGCUUCAUGUCACGAGUAGCCCUACAAGCAGAGAGGAUGAACCAUCACCCUGAGUGGUUCAAUGUUUAUAACAAGGUCCAGAUCACAUUAACUACACACGCAUGUGGAGGCCUCUCCAAGAGGGACAUCAAACUCGCCAAGUUCAUCGAUAAAGUAGCCCUAACCAUGUAGAGUGUGUGUGUGUGUGUGUGUGUGUGUGUGUGUGUGUGUGUGUGUGUGUGUGUGUGUGUGUGCGUGUGCGCGCGCGUGCGUGUGUGCGCGCGUGCGUGUGUGUGAGUGUUUGUUUCUAAAUUGUGAUCCAUGUAGAGAGGCAUGGUGAUUUGGACAUUCCUGAAUGCUGCUUUCCUUUGACUGGCGCUGUCAGCUGUUUCUGGUGUACUUAAUUAAAAAUGGGAGAUCA